AUGCCCCGAUCUGGCGCAGGCAAGAAGAAUCAACACAACCAUCGCCAUGAGAAUGGUCUGGUAGGCCCAGGCAAGAGAAUCACAAAGCAAAGGUCGGAUGGUCAGCUCAAUGGCACCGCAAAGGGUGCUGUCCCUGACACACCUCCUCUCACUCCCACCACUUCCGCAGACUCGCUUAUGAAAAGCCAAAUUGCCAAUGAUUCGACCGCUUCUCUCUCAGAUGCAAAACAGGAUCUUCCAGGAAGCUCAGGUGUGCAGCAACUAAGAAAGAGGAGUUUGGAAUCAUCUGGUGAUGGACAAAACACCGUUCCUGAGGGCAGCGUACAUGGCAGAGAACCUGAACAGGGUGCAGGUCGCCGCUACGAUGUGAUAAAGGCCAAGCAGACCUCCGUCAGCGAGAUAGGCACUCUUCAACUGGCAUCAACGAUCCUCAAGUCUUGCCCAGCAUAUGACACAGUCGCGAUGCUUAUCCUAUUGCUCCAGCUGCCGCCUAUCUUUCUUACCCUGGUCCAGGCCCUAUUUGCCUCGCUUACUUUUAUGCCGCCAAGUGGAUUAUCCAUGACGUCCGUCUUCUCUCUCUUCGAUGUUUUCCAGGGUUCUGCCGGGACUCCUUCGCUUGGGACAAUGAUUGCGGUAGAUGCUUUAUGCCUGGGAGGAUGGUUUUGUCUAUGGAACUGGGCCCGAAACUUCGCUCUUGAUCUUGCGCAGGUCCAGAUCGCAAUAACGCUCGGUGGAGGUAAUGCUGGCAAAUCUGGUAGCGUAAACAGCCUCUAUAUCAUUAUCAUACUAUCGCUGCAUCUAGUAAGGAGCAAGUCCGUACGCCAAUUCUUCUUUGAGCACAUCAUUUCCGCCGAACUUCUCGGGAACGAGCACAUUGCAUACCUCGCUCAAUUUAUGCCUCAAGAGUUCGAUUUCGGAAGCACCCCACAAUCCCCGUCGUGGUAUCGAAGUCUUUUUGCGAUCCAUAUCAUCACGCAGGCAGGAAUAGCAAUAAUACGGCGCAAUGUUGCUAGCACCCAAGCAAGCUCAGCCUCCAAAUCAACCAAAAAAGCUGAUACUGAAGCUUGUGCUGGCUCUCAGAGCAACCAAGACGUAGCGGCCCUUGAAUCCGGCUCAAACAUAAUUUCCCCGGUCGUCAGCGAUUUCCAGAGCCCGGCAAGCCCUGGUCUCAAAGAUGGCAAAGACCGAGCCGUAAGCGCUAAGAAGAAGAGAAGACAAGCAAAUCAGGUGCGAACUCGUCAACCAUUCUGGGCAGCUCUGGCAAGCACCAAAGUCAAUGCGCUGCGUGAGAUUGAGAUUUCUCGGCCCUCUUCCAAGUCGCCUGAUCAUGCGGGAGAUGUGGUUUUGGAUACACUUUUGGUUGAUGAAGGGCAUAUUCGUAUUGUUCAUGUUGACUCUUCCAGCAUAAAAUUCGAAGCGAUCAACUUAAUGUCAGCAAUAGAUAAUCAGGAAGCUGCACGACAUCCCCUUCACGAGUCCCUAUACGUUCGGAUCAACGGAGCCUACUGGACCUCUACAAGCAUAUCGGCCUCUCAAGGAGAGCAACAAGGAACGAUCUUGACUGGAGAGAUAUCAGGUCUUGCUCCUAACUGCACCUACACCUGUUCUUUUGUUCGAGUUGACGGUCAUGAGUACGUUAUCACUAUCAAGACUCCAGCGCUUCAGGACAAAGAUCAAACGUCUUCGCUGUCUUCUUUGUCAUCGCCUCCGUUUCGUCAUUCUCAGCGGCCGUCGUCACCCAUGUCCACAAUUCGACGAUCUAUAGCAACCGCGGAGGCUAAGCUGAGUGACACAAAGGCUCGAGCAAGUCGAACCCGCAGGUCACAUAAAGCUGCUCUGUCCAAGGUUGAAAAAGAAGUCGACUUCUUCACCAGCCGCUUGAAGUCCAGCAGCGACGAUACGAAACAACGGCAAAAACUUUUGCAAGCCGAGCGAACCAUGAAGCAGAAUGAAGAUGCAGCACAAAUGAUUUCCGCAGCUCUUGACGAUCUUUCCUCCAUUCCCAAAGAAGAGGCUGACGAUUAUUCUUCCAAGAAAGCUGCUUUCGAGAAACAAUGUGCUCUUCUUGCUGCAGCGAACGAGUCGCUCUGCUCUGCCAAAUCGUCUGCAGACUCUGAGCUUGCCACUUUCAAUGAAGAAGUGAAGGCAGCCAAUCGUCAGCAUGAGCGUCUUGUCGCCCGUCAAGCACGACUCAACGAACAACAUGAAAGAAUCACGCAGGCAAAUCUACAAGGACUGAAUGAGAAAGAACGUAAAGUUGAAGAAACCCUUGCUAAAGAGCGGGAUCACGCACGUGUCGAAGCGGAGUAUACGAAUCAAUUCAGUAUCUUCCAGCGCGAGCUUGCAAAUAUCUCUAUGCGUCUUCAGCAAGCCAAGCAAGAGUCUCAGGCACUUGAGAGUCAGAUGAUGCAGCAGCAACAACAGAGCACCAUAAUUGGUAGUGGACCUUUGACUCCCGAGGGCAAUUUGCCAGGGACCAAUCCAGUCGCCCGAGCACUUCCGUCAGCCUUCGGUCAUGGCUUCCCUUCCAACCACACCCUAUCAGCUGUCUCUGGCCCUGUCUCCGGCCCUGUCUCCCCUGAAUCCGCCCAUGUCUCGCCUUUCCUAGCCUACAGCAAACCACUAUCCUUUCAGAAUGAGCACAAUCCGAACUUCAGCACCAAUCGAGCACGAUCCGCAUCAAACCGCUCUGGUGGCGCAGCUAGCAGUUACAGCGCCGACUUUGAAGAUGCCGAUCCUAUUCCUCCAAUGCCGGGUGUGAAGAAGUUUGGUUCUGAUCCUAGGAGAAAGGGCAGUUGUGGCAGUCCUGGCGCCGGGGUGGGCAGUCCAUUGAGAGCGAAUUCCAGUCUGAAUGUGUCUCGAAGGGGAAGCCCUGGCCAAGGCAUUUGUGGAGGGGAAGGGGUAGGAAGGAGACAGGAAAGGAGACCCACGGUCGAGCCAGUAGACGAGAAUGAUACCAAAGAGUCUUAUGCAAGAGCUGAUAUCCGUUCUUCCGGUUUCAUCCUUGAUCCUUUCCCUAUCUUCAAUGCGGAAGGUGGAAGACCCACAUCUACUGUCAGUACUCGUCUACCGCAGUAUCAGAUCUGA